AGCAGAGUUGGUCCAAUUUGGGCCGGAACAAACCAAGAGUCGCCUUCUAGUUUGCGCUAGAAGCAGGGACUUCCUUGACGAAUGGUAUGGGCUGAAAUGUGGUUCGAUGACAACAUCGAAAGUGACAAAUCCCUAUUUCCCAAAGUCAUGAAACCCCAUAAACCUGCCCCGGCAUGCCCGACCAUCACAUCACUACCAACAUUGGUAAGGGCGUCUCCCGAGAGGAAAAGGUUCCACGGUGGAUACCAAAUAUAGGCAGGUAUACGUGGUACCGGUACCACAGAUGCACAGGCUGUGACACUACAGAAAUCGCCAGAACUAGAGAGAACAAC